AUGAGUAAAUAUUUGAAGUCCCUGUUGACUAAACGUGAUGGUGGCGCAUCAUCGUUAUCGAUGACAUCACCGUCGGCCGUGGCAGAGACAACCGAUAGUCAUGUGAAUGCAAAUGCACAAGAUACACUUCUUAUGUUAGCACAUCUUCGAAAAGUCUUCAAUAAAGUACAACAACUAAAACGUUCUACCAAUAUGGUUAUUAAAGUUCUUAGUGUACUCAAAAAUAAUCAAUGGGAAGAAUGUUUUCCGGAAUUUCCUGAAUUUUCAUUGACAUUGGCGAAAUAA